CUAGUGAUGAUAUAAAGCCAAGCGCUUUUGCUCCUCAUGGUAAAGUUUCAGAUGUAUAAAUCUAUGGGUUUUGUUGCGAAAGGUGUUACCUUUUACUUGUGUGUGAGUGAUGAAUAAUGAUGUUGUAGAUGAUGAUGAUGGAGGAGCUGGGAAGUUAGAGUUUCCUUACUUGCCGUUGGGGUAUAGAUCGGUUCAACAGUCUUUGUGGUCUUCUGUGGCAACUGCCAACAAGCGUGAUGAUGAUAAUAAGAAGGGAGAAAAGAUUACUUCGCAGCAAAGUAAAGAAGCCUCUCCCGAGGAGUGUGAUGAAGCAGUGGAGGGCUGAGUCUGGCUAAAGCCAAAGUUAAAGCGAAGAAAUUGGAAGAAUCACAGAAGUCUGAUGUAUCCAUUAUGCAACGUGUGCGGGCGUUUCUUCUUGGGAUAGGUCCUGCUUUGAGAGCUAUUGCAUCCAUAAGCAGGGAAGAUUGGGCCAAUAAGCUUCGCCACUGGAAAGAUGAAUUUAAAUCUACGCUGCAGCACUACUGGCUGGGCACAAAGUUGCUCUGGGAUGAUGUCAGGAUUAGUGUUAGGCUGCUUGUCAAACUUGCUAAUGGGAAAGGUCUCUCUAGGAGGGAACGACAGCAACUCACUCGAACCACUGCCAACAUUUUUAGAUUGGUCCUUGUUGCCGUUUUCAUUAUUGUCCCGUUCAUUAUUGUCCCGUUAAGCUAAUUUUUGUUUGUUAUGAUGAUA